AUGGGUCACCAGUCCACUGUUCAACUUCUGCUCGACUCUGGCGCAGACGUCAACAGACUUGGGUCGUUCGGAGAUGCUCUUCAGGCUUCAGCAAUGAAGGGGCACACACUCAUCACCAAGAUCCUAUUACAGGCAGGGGCUCGAAUCGACAACGACGGUGGGAUGUAUGGCAAUGCAUUGCAUGCUGCUGUAUACAAUGGGCACGUUCAGGUCGUGGAGACACUGCUU